CUUGAAUGUCUCGAAGAUGAUGUUUGACAUCUUCAAUUAUAGCUUGGGCUUCAACUUUCCACUGUUCAGCAUCCAAAACUUGCUCAUUGUCUGUCAUAUUACAGUGUCCAGAAACAAUUGUUAAAAGACGACGUGGCCAAUAUGGUGGUUAUAGCCAAUAAUAAAAAAAUAUUACACCCAUAAUCAAAUGAAUAAUUUGACAAGCGAAUAAAUUGUUAUUAAAUAUAAGUAAUAAUCAAUAAAAUUGUGAAGUUAUUUAUUAAAAAAAUAAAUUAAAAUGGGUCUUUGUAAAUGUCCAAAGAGAAAAGUUACAAAUCAAUUUUGUUUUGAGCACAGAGUUAAUGUUUGUGAACACUGUAUGGUGACAAAUCAUCCAAAGUGUGUUGUUCAAUCAUAUCUUCAAUGGUUAAAAGACAGUGAUUGUAAUCCAAUAUGUACAAUAUGCAAUAUAAAUUUAAAAAAUUCUGAUUGUAUUAGAUUAACAUGUUAUCAUGUAUUUCACUGGUCAUGUUUAGAUACAUAUGCUAGAAAUUUACCAUCAACAACAGCACCAGCUGGUUAUACAUGUCCAAGUUGUCAAUAUUGUAUAUUUCCAGGAGCAAAUUUAGUAUCACCAGUUGCUGAUGUAUUAAAAGAAAAAUUAUGCAGUGUUAAUUGGGCAAGAGCUGGUCUUGGUUUGCCACUGUUGAGCAUUGAUAAUGAUCAAAAAAUAAUAAAUAAUCACAAUACAUCAAUUGAACCACUAGUCUAUCAAAAUCAUGUACCAUCAAUAUCAUCAUCAACAUCAAUUGCAACAGCAAGAACAAGCAGCAAUGUUAAUUCAAUUAAUCAAAAUAAUAUACAUAAUAAUAAUAUACAAAAACAAGGACCACCAUAUUCAAUUGUUAAUAUUGAAGGUUCAAGUUCAAUGGAUAGAAAAGUAUUUGAAGCAUAUGAUGAACCAAAAGACAUGUUAUUUGAUCAUGAUGAAAAUAAAUAUCAACGUAAAUCAGCAAUUGAAUGGUUUUUAAGAUGGUGGAAAUUAAUAACACGACCACCAGCUAGAAGACGUUCAAAUCCAGGUUCAAUUUAUAAAAGAUAUGCAUUAAUGGGAAUGGUUGGUGUUUUAUUUUUUGUUUUUAUUAUUAUAUUAUUUUCAUGGCUUGGUAGAAUGAAUACUGAUAAUGAUCCAUCAUUUAAUCUUCUUGCAAAUCCAAAUAUUAAUAUUGAAAAGGACAAUGUAAUUUAGGUGAUAUUUUUUGUUAAUUUAAAUUUAUUAUUAUUUUUUAUGUGUCAUAAUUCUCAGUAAUAGAAAAUAAUUUGUUUUUUUUUUUUUUUUUUUCAUAUUGUAAUCUUGAUAAAUUUAAAAUAAUUAUUAUCAAAGAAUUUUAUUGUAAUUGUAUUAUUUAAGUUUUUCUUUUCAUAGUAAAUUCGUUAAAAAUAAUUUAACUUUAUUAAUUUAUUUAAUUUUCCUAUUGUAACUUUUUUGGAAUUUUUUUUUUUCGUCAAAAAAUAGUCUAGACUCUAGUCUUCUAAGAGAUAAAAUCAGUGGAUUUUUAUCUGCACCAUAGGGAUCAUUAUUCUUCUUCCAAUUUAUCAUUAAAUCUUUGAUGAUGUGGAUUUUUUUUUAUUAUUGUUUAACAAUUAUAUCACUUGUAUACUAUUGAAAAUAAAAUUUUAAUAUUAAUUUA